UGCUUCCCAAGGAUCUUGCACACCUGCGCGGUCUGCAAUGCCAGCUCACGGGGAGGGGAUGACGAAAGCAGCGGUCUUACCCGUGCCGUUCUUGGCCCGGGCAAGGAUAUCUCGUUUGGUGAGCGCGAUGGGUAUCGCCUCUUCCUGAAUGGGUGAAGGUCGUUCGAAACCGGCUUCGAAGAUGCCCAUGAGCAAUUCGCGUCGUAGGUGCAUGUCCUCGAACUCAAUUCCCUUUGUCGCUAACACAUCGUCUGUCUGUGGACGGUCGUCUUUUGUUGGGACAUUUAAGUUGGCUUUCCAUGCAUUGUCAUUGCGUCUAAUAACGAAACACGUUAGAUCUCAGCGUAGUAGAGGGAUAAAGCACUGCAAACUUUGGCCUCACGACUGGCCUUGCAGGACCAACGCAGUGGAUAGGAACAAUAGCCUACACGACAGCGUGCCGGCCUCCAAUCGCCCCAAUGAAAUUCAUCCCACAACCGUGAACCACCAGGGACGAUCGUUCAUUGAACCUCUUCCACUGACGCAGCUCCUCAUCCACCACGAACCGUAUGGGCAGACUUCGCCACAGAAGUCUACCGACAUUCGUGGCAGCCCCAAAUCAACACCCAGCUGGGGGAAAAACGGAUGCCUGGGAUGUCAUGAAAGCCUUCUAGUGAGGUCGCUGACACCACUGCACCUAGAAGUCCGACAGACUUCUGAAAAAUCCGUCGCAAUAGUAACCGCCUAUACCGGGAAGGCAAAGAGGCAGCAGUUUGCAGCAUAAUGGAUCACUUACGUUGUGGAUGAUGAAGGACGGGCUUGUUGAGCCAUUCUGACCAGAUUGAGAGCGGGGGGAAAGAGGGAUGGUGUCUUGAGAGGUGGACACGCGCAAGCACAAUUUGAGGCUUGAUACGCGAGGAGAAAAAGUUCGAGGUUUGUUGUCUGUGAGGGGUGUCUCCGUCAAAGCGGACUUGAGGCGAGGGCGACGUGAGGUUCAAGUAGUUGUUAACGAGGUCGAGGAAGACGAGAGAGGCUGUAGAGCGAAAAGUGGUAGCAGCGAGGAGGAAGAGGAGGAUGUUGCGGGUCAAGGAAGAAGACUCUCUCCGGCGCUCAACACACAAUCGCAUUAUGGCUUAGUCAGCACGUCCUCUUUUGGCCGACUAGGAUUGACUUGUCUACAGUACUCUCACGGCAAACAUGAACGUGUCUGCCUUCUAGGCAGAGUCCAUGCAGACAGGACGACAUCUUGGCAACAUGUAAAUGCAUCUGUCCGACGACAGAUUUAAACUCUGCAGAGUGAGUUGACCAAUCAGCGCCCAGAAACGUAAGCAACCAUCGAAAGUCUGCCCGGGGGACAGACAAUAAAGACAUGGUGCCAAGAUGUUCGCCACUCUGCAUCGCAUCUGUACUAACUA